AGAAUAGAAAUGUGGUUACGUUUGUUUACGUAAGAAUGAGUUUUAGGGAAAGAUAAGUAUAUUGUUUUUUUCUUCUCUAACUCAUUCUUCCAUUACGAUUUACGACACGGUUACAUUUCUAUUCGCUUUGGCCUAAAAGGUGGUUGUAGAAGAACCCUAAUUAAGAAUAUUAUCGCUAAAUACACUUACAAAUCUUACAAAUAUUCAUGUCAAGCAACAGGUGUUUUCGGUUCGGAACAGUGCUUUAUGGUGCUUUACAAUAUCUUUACUAAUUUAUGCAGAAAUGCCGCUAUUCAAACAUAAAGCUUCAUCUAGAACUCCUGAGAUGGAAAAGACAAACAAUGUGACUGGUCAAAUUGAACCUAAUAAUAUUAAUAUCGGCAAUCAAAGCAAUGUUUCACGAAAUAAUUUAGAGAGUGAGCACCAACCACUGGAGUUCCAUUGUCAAAUGGCUCACGGCAGUUCUACAAAAUUAAUUUCUGGUUUUAGUAACGUACGAGAGCUCUACCAAAAAAUUGGAGAAUGUUAUGAUAUACCUUCAGAAGAAAUAAUAUUUUGUACUUUAAAUACACAUAAAGCCGAAAUGUCACAACUACUGGGUGGACAAAUCGGCCUAGAUGAUUUUAUCUUUGCUCACCGAAAAGGUCAGUCGAAAGAAAUUGAGCUAGUCAAGUCUGACAAUGCAUUGGGUCUUACAAUUACAGACAACGGCGCUGGAUAUGCAUUUAUUAAACGAAUAAAAGAGGGCUCCGUAAUUGACAAAGUCAAAGUUAUUGAAAUCGGCGACCACAUUGAGAAAAUUAAUUCCACCAAUUUAGUUGGAAAACGGCAUUUUGAGGUUGCUAAAAUGCUCAAAGAAAUACCGAAAGGUUCAUUAUUUACUUUAAGAUUGGUUGAACCUUUAAAAAGUGAUUUUGAGGGCAUUGGACCAAGAGGGGAUUUCAAGAAGAGUAGGAAACCAAUUAUUAGUAAUUCAGGAAAAGAAACUCUGAGAUUUAAGGCUGAUGGUAGCGUCAAAAUAGAGAAAAUAAAAAAUGAAGACAUCAUGACACUUGGCGUUGAAAAAAUUAAUACGAUUUUAGAGAGUUUUAUGGGUAUAAAUGAUACGGAACUAGCUACAAGAAUUUGGGAAUUGUCAGACAGAAAGCGCAACAGCAUGGAGUUUGCGGAAGCAAUAGAUAAUUCAGACCUAGAAGCUUUUGGUUUUACCGACGAUUUUGUCAUUGAAUUGUGGGGAGCUAUAACCGACAUAAGAUCAAAUAGACAUAUAUGACAAGACUAGACGAAUGUAUUGCUAUUGCAGUUGGUCAACUUUACAAUGGUGCUUCACUAUGCCAAUGCCAUAAAAGCUCCUUAAAGCUUACAUGCUGAGGCGAUAAAACCCGUCCUUGUGGCGGAGCACUAUACAUAAUAUAAUAUCCAGUAUAACUACGUGUAAACUCUGUAUAGAUGUAAACAAUUCAAGCCUACAUAUUCGCAGAUAGAAAAAAAGAAGAGAGCGCACGUUUGCGUCAACUUUGCAAUAAGAAAACUUGGUGCAAGUACAAAAUUGUCUGCAUUUUCAGUUGACUGUAUAAGAAAAACAUUAAUUUCAAGCCAUGUACAUACAAAAGUUUGAGUAUAUGAUGCAGACAAUUUUUUGAUAAUUAUUUUAUACACUACUAUUAAGAGAUAAUGACUUCUUUUAUAACUUGUAGAAUGAUUCUUAACAAGGACCCCUGUGUAACAAUUUGUAUAAAGAAUAUUCACAUACAGGUUCUUUUGAAGGAAAACAUAAUUAGUAAAAUCCUUUUAAGGAUCUUAUUUUACAGAUUAUUCCUGUAGAAACCUAUACAAUAGGUCAUACAUAGGAACUUGAUCUUUUAUAGGAAUUUACAGGGUAUCUCAUGAAGGAUUUUGAAACAGGAACUUGAGUAAAGAUCGUUCUGAAAGGUUUUCAACGGAGUGUAUCUUGAGAAUAUCAAAAGUUUCGUUUACCUAAAGCUUCAGCGUCAGUUUUGACUGACAAAAAUUCCCCAAAGUUUUCUAAGAACUAUAUUACUCUGCUGAUGGAACAAAAACGUACGCUGUUAAAAAAUAUGACUCGGUAAUGUCCGGACAGAAGUGGUUCCUGUCCAAAGAAUUCCUGUAAUAAGACUUUGCUCUCUCGAUUGACUGGACGUUAACGUUAAUGAUUUAUGUGCAGACAGCAAUGGGAACUGUCAAAAUCAAUUGUUUUUCUUUUUGGAUAGACAUUUUUGUGCGGACAUUAUGCAUAAAGCAGUGUAGGAGAUUUUCACGAACCUUUUAAAUACAACAAUAUUUAUAUUCAUUUAAAAUAAUGAUAUACUUUAUUUUUGCGAGCAUUUAACAAACAUGCAAAUAAAUAAUUACACUACGAUUUUUUAAAUUUUUUCUAAAUAAAAACCAGAAGAGAUCACAGUUAUAAAACGAGCCUCUGAUUUUCUUUGACCUGUU